AUGGAUUUCUUAAGGUUUGCUGGGGAAGAUUUAAGUUCUUGGUUGUUCAAAAUCGAACAAUUCUUUGAAAUGGAAAAUGUUCCAGGCCAUGAGAAAGUUAAUGUAGCUGCUUUACAAUUGGAGGGUGAAUCCAUACAAUGGCAUUUGUCCUUUAUGAGAUAUAGAAAAUACCUUCAACCUGCUACUUGGAAUGAUUAUAUCAUGGCUAUGGUGGAAAGAUUUGGUACAUAUUUUGAUGAUCCCAUGGAGGAAAUUAAGAAGGUGAAGCAAGUAGGAAGUGUGGUGGAGUAUCAGGCUAUUUUUGAAAGGAACUUGGCUAGGGUCACCUUGUCUCAUGAAAAUGCUAUUAGUUGCUUCAUUGGAGGACUGAAACCUGAGUUGAACAUUGCUGUUAAGAGGGCUGAACCUAUCACAUUAACACAAGCUUACAAAUCUGCCAGAAUGGAAGAGGCAUAUCUUGCUGCUGUAAUAAAAAGUUCUUUUCCUGCUAUGAGUUCAAGCAAUGUGGAAAAUUCUUCGAGAAGGUUUAAUGAUCAGAGGGGCCAGUACAACAAACCUAUUUUGCCAACACCUAAUAGAGGAGGACAACCAACUCAAAGAGGAUUCAACCGAAGAACCCUUACACCAGAAGAGAUGAAUGAAAAAAGGGCUCAAGGACUUUGCUUCUUUUGUAAUGAGAAGUAUGUUCCAGGCCACAAGUGCAGGAAUUUGAAGCAACUAUAUCUUCUUGAGUUCGAAGAAGAAGAUAAGUGUUGUGAACAAGAAUCACCAACUGAGGAGGCAGAUCAAGCAAUAGAGAAAAUCCAAGAAAAAUUAGAUAUUUCCAUGCAUGCUUUAAAUGGAUCACUGGGGUACAAGACCUUAAGAGUUACGGGUUAUCACUCUAAGAAACCUUUACACAUAUUGGUGGACAGAAGAAGUUCACAUAACUUCAUUGAUCCAUCACUAGUGGAACAGUUGGGGUGUCCUGUUGUUCAAACCAUUUCUCAACCAGUUGCUACAGGAAAUGGUAGCAUACCAGUGGACAAGAUGUGUAGGAUCUCUUGGUUAUUACAAGAAGCAGAAUUUUCAGCUGAAUUCUUGGUGUUACCCUUGGGCAACUGUAGGGUAGUCCUAGGGGUUCAGUGGUUAUUGACAUUAGAUGAUAUCAAAAUGAACUUCAGAAAUUUAACAAUGGAGUUUAUGUAUAAGGGCAAGAAACAUGUUCUAAGGGGUGCUGGUAAACAAAUAUUGAACACUGGAGCUUGGAAACUAGCCAAGAUUUCAUCAGGUAACCAUACACAACUCUAUAUGCUUCAGUUGGUAUCCAAUUUGAAUGAAGAAAGACAAUGGUAUUCUCUAGAAACUAAGAACACAUCUGUCACUGAUCCUGCCCUAGCCAGUUUACUACUUGAGUUUAAAGAAUUAUUUGUAGAACCAACUACACUCCCACCUUCUAGAGGAGUGUUUGAUCAUAGGGUAGUGUUGCAAGCUGGUACUGAACCAAUCAAUAAAAGACCAUACAAGUAUCCAUCAGUUAAAAAGGAUGUGAUAGAGUCCUUAGUUAAUCAAAUGCUUAAACAAGGGAUCAUUCAACCAAGUUAUAGUCCCUUUGCUGCACCUGUUGUAUUAGUUGGGAAAAAAGAUGGUACAUGGAGAUUAUGUGUUAAACAAAGCUACUGUGAAGAACAAAUUUCCUAUUCCAAUAGUAGAAGAUUUGUUAGAUGA